UUCCCUGAAAUAAGAAGAAAAAAAAAAAGUAAAAAAAUAUAUAUAUGUAUACCGUUGUGUAAAUGGAGGGAAGAAGGAGGUCGCGCAAGCGCUUAGGUUAGGCGCCGGUUAAAAGGCCCGGGGCAAAGAUGCACCACCAUGGCAUGGGAGUGUCAAUGGGCGAUCGUCACGGUGUUCAAAAUUCAACGAUGCAGCCCAGGAACGGAGUUUGCGACAAAAUUGAAAAUUAUAUAUCCGAGCUUGGACAUUGGGCCGUAUGGCGUGUAAUAAUAAUGGGCCAAUUCUUGUCAUUUUCAUUAUGCUCCAUGACACUGUAUAAUCAUCACAUCAACACUACUUUACAAUUAUCUAUACCAACAGGACAAAAUUUGCCACAUUACGCUAUGAUGUGCCUAGUAUACACAACGUGGAUGUCAUGUAGGGGGGGUGUUGGAAAUGGUUUAUUAUCUGUUAUAAAAGCUCGUGGUUGGAGGUAUUUGUUGUUAGCACUGAUAGAUGUUGAAGCGUGUACACUUAUUUCAUCGUCCCAUCGUUUCACCAGCCUUGCCAGUAUACAGUUACUCGAUUGCGUUGCAAUACCAGUGGCAUUGGCACUUUCUUGUUUAGUUCUCGGAGUAAGAUACAGGAUGGUUCACAUAGUUGGUGUUUCCAUAUGUCUGAUGGGUGUUGGAUGUUUAGUUUGGGCGGGAAUUCAUGACAAUAAAGAUCCAGCAUCUACCGGUAAAAAUCAAUUAGUCGGCGACAUGCUUUGUCUCGGUGGUGCCGUUUUGUUCUCGAUAACUACGGUACUUCAAGAAUUGGCUGUUAAAACGGUCGAUAUUAUCGAGUACUUGGGUAUGAUUGGUUUCUUCGGCACGAUAUUGAGUUGUAUGCAAAUAGCAGUCCUUGAAAGACUUCAAAUCGAAUCGUUUCAAUGGGACAACGUACACAUCAUUUCAUCCUUGAUAACAUACUGCAUCAUACAAUUCGUAUUUUUCUCACUCGUUCCUGUUGUAUUAAAUGAAUCCGGUGCAACGGCAUUGCAAUUAGCUCUUUUAACUGCCGAUUCUUUCAACAUUUUAUCUGGCAUGCUGAUACAUCAAUAUAAGUUUCACGCCUUGUAUUUUGUCUCUUAUGCGCUCAUAAUGACAGGCAUAUACAUUUAUGCCAUAAAGAGGACACCUAUGUCAUCGAACUCACGAAGACAACACAUCGAGCUUCCUGCUCCAGAUUACAGUGAUAUAAUUUUAAGACACAUGUCGCACGGCGAUGUGGGUGAAGUGGAAAUGGCAACGAGUUCCGGUAUGUCAGCAGUGAGCGGUACUCUUGACAUAAGAGCGUCCACUCUUGGUAGUGAAAGAGAAACAAUUGAUGCUACGAGUUUACCCCUUAGCGUCAGUUCUGACACAGCAUUUACAUCGUUCUACGGUAGUCAAGCAAAUCUAAAGGCUAAUAACGGGAACACUGGUCCUGCCUGUAAUUAACAAGGUAAAUUGGAAACAACUGCCUAGAUAAAAUAUAAAUUUAAGUUCGAAGGCAAUUAUAACUUCGUAUGGGACGUAAAGAAGAUACAACACAUGACGAUACAAUAAAAUGGGGGACUCGAAGAUAAGACAAAAAAAUAAUGAAGAACAAAAGAAAAAAACAGAAAAUUAAAUACGAAAGAAUGUUUAUAUAUAUAUAUAUAUCGAAAUAAUUAGUUACCAAUCGUAAUAGUACCAUUUUAAUAUUAUAUUUUGUAGAUAGAAUUAUUAAUAUUAUAUCUCUUCCAAAGAUCAACCACCAAAA